AUGGCUAACCAGACUCCAGCCGACACGCAGUCCACGCUAUCAAUCCAUUCUCUUCCCUCCGCCCGUUCGGAUCGACCGUCUCAAGAUCCCCACGACAACUUGCUGGAGACCAACGCGCGCACAUCUGCAGAACCUCCUCCGAUUCCAGACCCAAGCUCCACAAAACAACAUCAAAUCUAUGCUGCGAUCAGACGGCGCCCGAUACAUGUCUCUCCAAGCAUAACUUCUGCGGUGGAUGAAGACGAGUCUGGCCUGUCGCCGAUAAUCCCGUCUCCACUGCGGGUCCGCAAGCCAACGCCUACUCCGCAGCCUACAGUACGGGUCCAAAUGAAGACGGUCCGUCUCUUAAUUGCUUCGUUGGGGAACCCUCCGCCUUACCAUUCAACUCGACACUCCGCCGGCCAUAUCAUCAUAAAGACCAUGGUACAGUCGCUAAGGCUCCCUGCACUGGUGAAAAACAAAACACUGGGGAAUGGACUGGUCAGCCUCGGGGCGGAUGCUGGCAGGUCCGAGUAUACGUUUUGGCAGAGCACCAGCAUGAUGAAUGUGUCAGGUGCCGGCGUGAUGAAAGCCUGGAAGCAAUUCUCUGCAUUCCACAAUGACAAGGAUACCGUCACAGGCUUAAUCAUCUUGCAUGACGAAUUGGAAUCCCACCCCGGUACGGUGAGGCUACGCCGUGGAGAGUCAAGCCCCAAAGGACACAACGGCAUCAAAUCGGUGCAGUCUUCGCUGAAAUCGGCGGGGCUCUUGAGUGCGAUGGGCGACAGGUUCAUCAAGAUUGCCAUCGGGAUUGGACGACCCAUGUCGAGAGAACGAGACGACGUAAGCGCCUGGGUACUUGGACAAGUCACCCAGGUUGAGAGGGCUAAGCUGGACGCUGCGGCCGAAAGUGCUCUUGCUGUUAUUCAAAGUGAAAUCAUCAAGCUUGAGAAUAGCUGA